AUGGGCGCGGCCCUGCUGCUCCCCUCGUGCGAGGGGGCCGCGCUGGCCCAGAGCUGCCAAUCUGGAGUAACUCAAUGGACAGCAGCAUGCAGUGGAUUAUUAUUGACCACUGUGGUCCAAGGCCAAUGCAGAAGAAUGCUCUAUGGUGUUUUCCAGAGACACCAGACUGGUAGAUUUCAAUUGCCUAAUGUCUUCAGUGGAUUGACUCAAGCCCAUGGAGCCCCUGCACAGCAAAACAGAUCAUUUUACAGUACAGAUAAGCGUCUUUCUGCAAAAGAUUCUUUGCAGCCAUCUGAAGAGAAAGUGGGUGCCUUCACAAGGAUAAUAGAAGCAAUGGGCUUCACAGGACCACUGAAAUAUAGCAGAUGGAAAAUUAAAGUAGCAGCCCUGCGCAUGUACACAUGCUGUGUGGAGAAAACUGACUACGAGGAAUUUUUUAACAGAUGCCAUAUGCCGGAUACUUUGAAUUCAUGGUUUCUGGUAGCCCAACUUCAUGUCUGGAUGUGUCUGGUACGAAUGAAGCAGGAGGGUCGAGCAGGGAAAUACAUGUGUCGCUAUAUAGUUCACUGUAUGUGGGAGGAUGUUGAACAGCGUGGUAAGCUGAUGGGGAUUACUUCUUCUGCUUUAAAAGAAGAUUUGAGAAGUAUGGUAGAAAAUUUCUAUGCAGCUCUGUUUGGUUAUGAUGAGGGAAUCUUGUCUGAUGAUCAUGUUCUGGCAGCAGCCCUUUGGCGAAACCUUUUUAACAGGAACUGUGAGGACCCCAGGCAUCUAGAGUUACUCGUAGAGUAUGUGCGCAAACAGGUGCAGCACCUGGACGCCCUCAGCGGGGAGGAGCUGCUGCUCACGGGCGAGGUGAGCUGGCGGCCCCUGGUGGAGAGCGACGCCCGCAGUCUCCUGAAGCCCCUCUCCCCUGUCUACAACGACGAGGGGCUCUGAGGGAUGCCCAGAGCCUGCUCUCCUAGCCGCCCCCCUCUCAUCCGCAGUGUCAGCUCCUCACAUCACCUCAGGCAACACUUGCCUCCCAUGGGACUGGUGUGGCAUGGUGGGGGUAGGAAGCAACAACUGCCACUGACUGGAUAUACUGAAAUAGGUGCCCUUGCUGUGGCUCAGUGACUCAGUAGCAAAUGGGACAUCUGUCCACCUCUGAACAUUCACCUGUGUUUCAAUGCUUAGUUGAUUCAAGAACCUCUGUCGCUGCAAUGGCACCAAGUGGUCCUCUCAGACAGGCUCCAACCAGACUUUUUCCUGUGAGUUGAAGCUGUUCCUGUUCUCUCAAGAAGACCUUUUUCCACAUUGCUUCCCCUGGAGAAUGACUGCGCCUGGCACAGUGCUGAUCCUCCACUCACAAAAUAUUUGUGAAUCCAAAUCUGAGCUUUGCUUAUUAGAUAUUAAUAUGUUCCUAAAGCCUGACCUUAAUGUAGAACGGUCUGGUUUUGCUUUCAUAGCGUUUGAGAAUUGCUUUUAUGGAUUCUGAGGGGUUUUCCAUGAAAAUCCGUUUUAGGAACUUUCUGCGCUGUUGCACAAGGGCAUGAGGAUGGCAAGAACAAGGCACCAUUCUCCCUAACCAUCUCUGGCUCUAGCCAUCCUACCAAGAAAUAAAGUCUGAAACAUAGCUGGGCUGCCACUGAAAGCUACCUCAGGCUACUCGGUAUUUUAGAGGUGAUCUGCCUUGCCAAAAUUUUCAUAUUCUUUUUUGAGUUGUGCUGCUGUUAUUUCUUUGGGAAAACAGCAUCCCCAUUUCUGUUCACAGCUCUUACUGAGAUAGGACCUCAAAGUAGCUGUCCAGACCUUUCUGAAAAGACCUGUCUACCCCAGUACCUACGCACAGGCAAAUUAUCCCUGCGUGACAAUUAUGAGAGCUAUCGCUCCUCU